AUGAGAGUUCAACCCGAUGUGGCUGCAGUUUCCUGUCUCUGUCCUCUGGUGGUCUUCCUAUGUGUCAUCUCCCAGAGCUGUUGUGGGAUCCGGGUCAAUCUGAACCCUCACACCUACCCUAACACCAGCCUUUACCCUAAUCUGGGGCUUAAGUCACUGCCUGAAACAACCCUGGUCCCAAGCCCCAGUCUUCAAAAAGACUUAUCCCCUCUAAGGCCCAGCCAGCUCUCCAGCUCCAGCCAGAACUUACAGAGUAAGUCUCAGUCAAAGUCUCAGGAUCUUACCAGCAACUUUAGAUCCAACACAAACUCUCCAUCAGAACUCUCCCAGACCACAUCAAACUCAGACACAAGGCUCAGACAACAGAGUGCGCCCAAACAGAAUCCCAUUUCAAGGCGAGCCUCGCAAAGAAAUAUCUCAAACAAUCCAAAGAGAUCUGUAGAAAUUGACCCUAAAACCAGUUCAAAACCAGAGACCAGAUCCCUGCCAAACCAGAAACCUAAGGCAUUCCCAGACUCUGAUCUAAUGAGCAGACCAAACACUCAAUCUGGGCCGGUUCCUGGAACUAAAUUAUCUCCACCAUCCAGUCCUAAUCACAAGUCCAACUCUUCUGGUUCUGUGAGAUCCAGCACUGCCUCAAAUCCCAGCCCUGCAUAUCUAUCAAGUCCAAAAUCCCAUUCCAAAGUCAGAUCUUCUUCACAAACAAAUGCCAAGAAGAUCACAAACUCAAACCCCAAAACACAGAGGAACCAGACCAAGUCUCUGGAAACAGACAAGGAUCCCCCCCCUCGGCCUAAGAGAGGCUGGAUCUGGAACCAGUUCUUUGUUCUGGAGGAGCACAUUGGUCCUGAACCUCAGUACGUUGGAAAGCUGCACUCCAACUCUGACAAGGGCGAUGGCUCUGUGAGAUACAUCCUGUCCGGUGAGGGGGCCGGGUCCAUCUUCAUCAUCGAUGAGACAUCGGGUGACAUCCAUGCUGCAAAGAGCCUUGACCGAGAGAAGAAGUCCCAGUAUGUGCUGCACGCAAGGGCCAUCGACAGGCAGACAAACAGCUCACUGGAGGCGGAGUCAGAGUUCAUCAUCAAGGUUCAGGAUGUCAACGACAACGCCCCCACUUUCCCUGAUGGACAGUCCUCAGCAUCUGUGCCUGAGAUGUCUGACGUCGGUACAUCAGUUUUCCAGGUGACAGCGUCAGAUGCAGAUGACCCGACCUACGGGAACAGUGCCAAAAUAGUUUACAGCAUCGUGGAGGGACAGCCGUACUUCUCAGUGGACCCAAAGACAGGUAUCAUCCGCACUGCCAUGUCAAACAUGGAUCGAGAGACCAGAGACCUGUACGCUGUGGUGAUCCAGGCUAAAGACAUGGCCGGCUCAGUGGGAGGACUGUCUGGAUCCACUACCGUCAACAUCACCCUCACUGACGUCAACGACAACCCUCCAAAGUUUUCCCAAAAGAGCUACCAGCUGUACGUACCUGAGCUGGCUGAGGUGGGGAAGGCUGUAGGUCGCAUCAGAGCCAACGAUGAAGAUGAAGGGCGGAACGCAGAGAUGAGCUACAGCAUCACUAACACAGAGGCAGCGGCCAUCUUCACCAUCACAUCUGACGCUGACCGCAGAGAAGGGAUCAUCUCCUUGAAGCAGCCUCUGAACUAUGAAAAGAGGAAAGUUCACACGCUGAACAUCGAAGCGUCCAACACUUACCCAGACCCCCACUUCUUCCACCUGGGGCCCUUCAAGGACUUCACAUCGCUGCGAGUCAUCGUAGGAGACGUGGACGAGCCUCCUGUCUUCUCCAUGGACUACUACAUCAUGGACGUGUAUGAGAACUCACCGGCGGGCACCCAGGUUGGCACUGUGACCGCCCUGGACCCUGACAGCACCAACAGCGCCGUCAGGUUCUUCAUAGAAAAUGAGGAGGAGAGACUUUUGUAUUUCACCAUCGGAGUGAACAGCGGCAUCAUCAGGACCACUCAGGUUCUGGACCGGGAGCUGACAGCGUGGCACAACAUCACUGUGGUGGCUGCAGAGGUUGAUAACCCUCGCAUGGUAAGUCAGGUCCUGGUCACCAUCCAGGUCCUGGAUGUCAACGACAACGUUCCAGCCAUCUCUGGAGGAAACAACGUCAUCAUCGUGUGUGAGAGCACCAAGAGUGGACAGGUGAUCCAGACCGUCCGAGCCGCAGAUCUCGACAACUUUGCAAAUGGAAAGUUUUCCUUCUACAUGCCUGCUGAUUAUCCAGCCAAUCCUAAUUUCACCCUGAAGGACAAUGGAGACAACACUGCCAGUAUCGUGUCUCGUCGGCGUGACGGCUUCAGCCAGGACAGAGACCAGGAGCUGUUCAGCCUGGUGCUGGUGGUGGCUGAUGGAGGGGAGCCACCUCUGAGCAGCACUUCCACUGUCUCCCUCAGGGUGUGUGAGUGUCAGAGGAACAUCAGGGGGCGUAACAGCAACAACGUCUGCCAGGCCCAGGCCUUCCUGUCUUCAGCCGGCCUCAGCACCGGGGCUUUCGUGGCCAUCCUGCUGUGUAUCGUCAUUUUAUUAGCCAUAGUGAUGCUGUUCACCCAGCUACGGAACAAGAAGGCGAGCAAAGAGCCCUUGAUUCUGUCUGAGGAGGACAUCAGAGAGAACGUGGUGACCUACGAUGAUGAGGGAGGCGGGGAGGAGGACACAGAGGCCUUUGACAUCGCUGCACUUCGAAAUCCCAAAGCCUCGGAGCCGCGCCGGAAGCUCCACGCCUACCUCAGCUGUGGACCGAGCCCGUAUGAGGAGGAGGAGGAGCUGGAGGAUGACGAGGAGAGGUUUGUGGUGUGGAGGAGGAGGAAAUCACAGGAGAUAGAUUACGGGAGCUACAGCCCGGAGUCAGAGCCCAGCUGGUUCGUCAUUGACAGCAUUCCUCGAGAGAUCAGCCAGUCAGCACCAUCGGUUCUGUUAGAUGGUCAUGACAUCAUUCAGCAGAUCCUCCAGCAGAAAGUGGCAAAAGCAAACUUGGACACACGAGGCCCGCCAUAUGACUCACUUCAGACUUAUGCAUAUGAAGGCCGUGGGUCGUUGGCUGGGUCAGUCAGCUCUUUGGGCUUGACCGGGGCAGCGCCCGAACUGAACUAUGCUGACUUAGAGGACUGGGAGCCCGAGAGGCAAACGCUGGAACCAAUCGUCGGAGAGCAGCUGGCGACAAGCCCGGCUAACUCUGACACAUAGGGAUUAUCAUUCCAAGGCUUUGUUUUGACUUUGUUUUUUUACCCAGACAAUGUUUUUUCUUACUUGAGCCACUGACACAUGGGAACAAAGAUGCAGAAUCAAUGUUUAUAAAACACUGGCAAUUUGAAACUGUGAAUUAAAAUCAAUUCAAAGGAUAAGAAAAGCCAUUUUACACACGAGAGAAGAACACGAGCUCGGGAGAUUUGGAUAAAAAUAUCUCAGCUCAAGUGCUUUUUCUGAAAUGAGUCAAAAAUGCAAACAGUGCGAGGAGCGGGGUUUAAAAUGACAGGUCCAUUUGCAUACGGCUCCGUCUCUCUGCUCUGCUUGAUGUGUGUGUGUUGGUGGAAAAGAUAUCCUAGUCCUGUGCACAAUGAUUCUGGCUUGAUUAUUGCUGUUUCUGUAACUCCAGUAGUUUAACAGCCCUGGGAUCUCAGUUUGUGUCGGCUAGUGUCCAUUGUUUCAGUGAUUUGGAACAACUUUGAGUUUUAGGGUUUUGUUGACGAGUAGAGCUGACUAUAAGAGAAAAAUAAGAUGUUCCAAAUGCAAAAAAAAAGCCACUGGUUAGUCCGAGUUGAACAGAUGAGCUCUUAUUAUUUCAUCCUUAAGACCACAAAACACUACAUGUGUAUGCAUGCAAACAGAGACAGCAGGUGUGAAUGAGUAAAGGUCAUCUAAUAAGAACUCCUGGUAUCAGUGUCAUGCUCUGACCAAAAGCUGGACCACUCUGCAAAGCGAUCUCUCCAUAACUCCUGAACUGAAAAACCCCAAACUCAAUUGCCAUCAGUGUCCAAUCUGCAGAAUUCUGAUCUGCUGUCCCGGGAAAUGUGAAAACAGGUUGUUGUUGUUGUUGUUGUUGUUGUUUGUUUUAAGGUCCUCACGUUAUCGUCACAGUUGUUACUUUUACAGACAUCCAAUGGGUCAAAUCAUCAGGUAACAUCUCAUGGCCUAUCACAGCUGUGCAUGUGAUGCUCUUUUAUCUAUUUCAGUCCAACAAAAAGACACUCCACCUGCUUUGGUAAGAUGGACCGUGGUAUGUGAGUGUGUGUCUUAAAUUGUGUUGGCAAAGCACAACAACAUUUCCCCUGCCAGGUUUGUUUAUAAGUCCAAAUGGCAUGACGUCUGUGUCAGAAACACGUCAUCAGAUGGUGCAGAACGCUCCCUUAAUCUCUUCUCUUUGGCUCACACUGAUCAGAACUCUGUGUCGUGUCUGAGAGGAGUGAGUGAGUGAGAGCUCCUCGUUGAUGAGGAGGCAUACUGUAUAUCUGCAGGUGAAUACAGUGAAACUCAAAGUUUCAGGUAUAACAUGAGGAUCAAGUGAGGUACAGAAGCAAUGAACAGCUGAUGUCUACUUUCUGUCACCUUGACAUGAUGCUCACAUUUAUAACUAUCAGGGGUGGAAAGCAAAGGAUCACAUUUACUGUAGUGAAGAAGCUUUUCUGUUUACUCUUUAGUUUUGGAUUAUUUUUAAUAUCAGUCAUUCAACUUGUGAUAAGUAUGAUACAUAUUUGCUUUAAAGGGGUGCUGGUGUCAGGGAUUUGACCAACUCAAUGGGCUGUUGGUAAGAACCAAGUGGCAACCUACAGUCUAAAAAUAUGAGGCCAAUGUGGAAGUGUUAUAAACUGCUGUUCAUUGAGGAUCCACUUCA